UUUUAAAGCUAAUGUCAGUCUCGAACUAACUUGUACACUGACAGAUGCAAGUAUAUCUAUGAGAACAUUGGGAUACUUAGAUAACAAGUACAUAGGAAAUUGCACAUACAAAAACAAGUUUUAAAAUCUUUAGCGUACAAAUAUAUACUAGUAUGUAGGCGGUAUAUGAUACGGAUCAUCCGUUGUAAAUGUGACAGUGUAUUCGGACUGUUACUGGAUCUGUGUAAGAAUACAGCAAUGACUUCGUCAGAUGAAAGUGAAAAUCAUGCCAAGAAAGAAAGAAACUGGGAGCAAGCAAGACAUGGCCUUAAGUACAUGCGUAAAGGAAUUCAGCCUUUUGUAAAUGAUGUAAUUAAAGAAGAACACCAGAAAAUAUUGAAAGCUAUACAAUACACCAUUGGAACUAAUAAUGCAUGCAAUAGCUGCAGUCUAAGCACACUUAGACCAAAUCAUUCCAAAACACAUGGCCGCUGUCCUCUAAAUCAUAAACAUUGUAAUUGUCUUCUAGCGGCGGGAAAAACCAUAAAUUGUCCGAAAGGUGCUUGUGGAAUAGUAUAUGAAAGACUUAUAACUCUGCAUCGUUUUCAAUCUCCAAAUUGGAAGAACGUUAACCCUAAAACAUGGUGUGUUGAUGCUUGGGAGAUUGGUAAAUGUUUUAUUUCUACCCAUGGGUAUGACGAAACGAGGUCAAUUGCCGACAUUGAUACUUCAGGGCUGCUACAAGUGAUUAUAAACAAUUUGGCAUUCCAGAGUCAUCUAGAUUGUACAAUUGACCCGCCCGAGGACACAUUUUCAUUGAUUAGAAAGGCUCGGGGUGAUCUAUUCCAUUCUGCUGAGCAUGAAAUCGAACAAAAGACUAAAGAGACCUAUUUAAAUUUGAUGAUAUCUGCUCUAAAAGAUAAGAAAGAGCUGUGUAACCGAUUAGAAGCUCAAGAAGCAGCGAAAGAGAUUGAGAAACUGAAAACAGAUGAAAAUAAAGACUACUGUUCAUCGAAGAAAGAUUUGCAAGAACAUUUGAUACAGAUGUAUCUGAAAUAUUACGGCAGGGUAUCUGUGCACCCGCUUAUUUCAUCUCAAGACAAGGGCAUUGACGAAAUGUACGUGCAGCCAGAUCUUGUCGCUUUGCCAGUAUCCCCCGGAACAUUCCAUCAGGAGAAAACGGUAACAGGGUACCACGAUCUUUUUGUGACCGGAAACGACAUGUUCAAAAACAUAUAUUUAUCUGGAGACGCUGGUAUUGGAAAAAGUGCUUUUUGCGAUGAAAUGGUGAUCAGGUGGUGUCACAUUAAAUCAAAAGCUGCUUUGCAACCAUCACCAGAUGAGUCAGUGUUGUUACAAUUUGAUUUUGUGUUUCUAAUACGACUUAACAUUUCCAAGAGUGAAAAUCACGUCCAUGAUAUGGUUAAGACUCAGCUGGUACAGGACCCAUUCUAUCAAACAUCUCUCGAUCACAUAUUGAGGAAUGAGUCCAGUAAAUGUUUGAUUUUAAUGGAUGGACUAGAUGAAUGGUGUCCUGACAGUCCGGGUCUACAUCUACCAAUGGUAGACCGCAUGAAAGACUAUGUCAUCCUUACAACAUCCAGACCUUGGAAACUUGACAUUCUAAAAAUAAAACCUCCAGAAAUGGAUAGGCAUAUUAAGUUACUUGGAUUAAGUAGCAGGUCAUCAGAACUUUUCAUUGACAGAAUUGUAACGCGCCUAAAUUUAAUAUACAAACAAGAGAAAAAGUCCCAAAGUUUUUCAGCAGCAUUAACCGCAAGUGGCCUUGACUACCUAAGUAACAAUCCCAUAUUGUUGCAACAACUUCUAUGUCUGUGGCAUAGCGGAAAAACUUUCGGAAAUUCUCAGUGUGAUCUGUAUAGUAAAAUGAUCGAAUUUUUAUUAGAGUUUUCUGAGGCACGAAGUCGCCAUGAUUUGUCUUUUCAAACAAGCACCAUUUCUUCCUCUCCUCGGACCGAAUCUCUUCCAACAUGUUUAGAUAAUAUAAUGGUUUGUAGGCAGUUUAGAAGUGUCAUUGAAUCGCUUGCUAAAGUAGCCUUUGUCACAUUAGUCAAUGGAAAAAAGGAUAUGUUUGAGCGAGUUUUCUUAAAGAAUUGUGGUUUGUCAGAAAAUGAUAUAGACAAUUGUCUAAAAAUAGGACUUUUGACACAAUGUUUGUUUUUAAGUCCUAUUGCUCAGAAAGAUCGUUCGAGCGUUACUUUUAUACAUAAAACAUUCCAGGAAUUUUUUGCGGCAAUCCACCUCACGAUGAAUUCAAACCAAAGUCUGUACGACACUUCGUUCCGUUCUUUAGAUGAAGUUUUUGAAAUGUCUAAAGUACUUGUGUUUUCUAGUGGGAUGAGUGAAAAAGAUGCGUUGUCAUCCUCAAGCCUUAUUCAAAGGAAAGCAGAAGAAAAUGAACAUUUGCAAAAUUACAGAAAGCAUAUUUCUUGCCGACUCUGCGAAGACGAAAAUGAUGGAUUCGGGUGCGUUCUUGUGAAUUGUGUUCAAAGUACUGUUUUUAGUUGUGCAGAAGAAUAUGAAAAAUCCGGGCGAAAUAACAUUUCCUUUAAUCUAGUGGACAUUUUGAUUGACAGUGACACAGAUCAAAAUGUUUUAUAUAGAUUAAACAUUAACUGUUUGAAAUCUGUUACCAUUUUGAACUUUGACGGUGCAGCAAGGUAUGUUAUUGACAACUCCCGCGGACUGCAAAAAAUAACUAUUCAAGGCGUUAGUGCGACUAGUGAUAUGCUGCUUGCAUCUCACAUCUGCCAUAUGAUAAAGAAUUCAGUUAGUUCUCUCAAGAGUCUGCUUAUAGAUAUUGAUUUGUUUUAUUUCGUGCCGUUCGGGGCGGAUUCCAGUUCUUUCGAUGUACAUAUGAAUUAUUUUCUGUUCGUUCUAAAAUUACUUGCGUCAUAUGGCCAUGAGUUAAAAACUCUGAAGCUUUAUUCUGGAAAGAAGCAAUUGUUUCAGAAUCAGGAUAUAGGACAAAUACUGAAUGCCUUAGCAGAUUGUUGGUAUUUGAAGGAAUUGUACGUGGACUGUUUAAUUAGUCGUACGACAAAUCAACUACUUUCCGUCGCGCCUGCACUAUGCCUCGACCUGACGAGAAACAUCAACCUCGAAAUAUUCGACUUUGACCAAGUCUCUGUAAAAGAUAUACGUAUUGAAAACAAUAUCUUGCACACUUUUAAAUUCCAUAGAUUGCCUAAGCUCGACAGUUUCCAUUUCUUGCAGCGUAUGCUUAACUCGACAUGGUUAACGGUCCUGCAUCUACAUUUUUCUGAAUCUUGUUCAAAAGUAGGCAUUCAUCUGUCGAAUGUAGUUCCAACACUGAAGGCGCUUCGACAUAUUUCACUUUGGAAUAUUGAUUUCGGGGCCAACCCACUGAUAUUUUCCGAAGAGUUGCAAAAUCUUCAACAUAUUGAGUUAGGAGAAGUUCGACUUAGCAAGGAAUGUUUUGACAAUCUUAUUGACAGCCUGCCUCUCACACAGCACGAACUGAAGGUAAAUCUGCAAUCAGUUAUAAUAUCAAAAUUUGAAAAUGACCUAUACAUACGGCAGCGACUGAGUGAAAGGAAACACAAGGGAACAGUUAAAGUCAACGUUUACAGCCAGGGGGAUUUUUACACUCGUAUAAUAUGAAAAUAACUCUUCUUUUAAGUGUUAAGCAUUGUAACAAUUGUAAACUUGCUACAACGUUGAAAUUGUCUCGUGAUGGUUAAAUACAAUAUCAUAUAUCUCACAGAAACAUAUUCUGACAAGAAACAUCUUUAAUGUUAUCCAAUUUUACAGGGUUUUACAACCUUUAGUGUUUCAGAUUAUCUAUUUAAUUUCGCAUUCUCAUAGCUAAAUCAGUAUGUACCACUUUUGUUUGUCAAAUGUCUCAUAAUUGUAUUAUCUCAAUACAAGUCAUAUCUGUCUAUAAGCCCCGUUCGGAAGGCAGGGUGUAUAUGCUUUGCUCAUGUCGGCCGGUUUGUUUGUCGGUAGACCAUUUGACUUCAGAUAAACUGCAGAAGACUCAUACUAUAACUCCCAAAGCCAAACGGCAUGGGAUGAUAGCCUGUACAUGUGGUCUGUGAAUGACCACUAUCGUUUUUGUGUUAAGUAGGUCCGAUUUCCCACCAAUAUCCGGUGAACGCUAAGUUCUUUGGCCGACUUUGUGGUGACUAGGUCAAAAUGUCAUUGAGAUAGAAAACGGUUUCUGAUCAGUACUGAUGAACGCUUGCGUCUACAACAUGAUUUACUUACAUUUAAAGUAUGCAUAUCCAAGGUCAAGGUCACAAUGCCUCAAAAGUGACAAACCCUUACAAAGACAUUGCACCAAAAAAUGCAUUUUUUAUAAAUUACAAGGUAUUAGCUCUGGUAUUAUGUAGACUGUGACUGUAUUAGCUGGAAACUGUCCUCCAAUUGGUACAAACAUGUAUAAACAAUAUAAACCUAAGGUUAUACACUAAACAAAUCUUCGAACUCAACAAUAAUUUUUGUUUUGGCAGUAUCUUGAGGCAUAAUAUUGAGUUAAUUUAAAAGUACAUUUCUAAACUUUUACAUACAUUUACACACUUUAUAAAAAAUUCAAUAAAAUAAAUGUGGGCCAUCAUAUAA